GGAAGUGCGGAGCAGCAGGAACCAGGCGACAUGCUCCGGCUCUGAUCGCACUGCGGUCCCACCCGGACUCACAUCCAGGGAGACAUGGGGGGGUCCCAGAGCGUCCAGAUCCCCGGCGGAGGGUCCGAGGGCUACCACGUCCUCAGGGUGCAGGAGAAUUCCCCCGGUCACCGCGCGGGUCUGGAGCCAUUCUUCGAUUUCAUCAUCUCGGUUUGUGAAACCAGACUGAAUAAGGACAACGACACCUUGAAGGAGCUGCUGAAGGUGAACGUGGAGCGGCCCGUCCAGAUGCUGCUGUACAGCAGCAAGACGCUGGCAGUGAGGGAGACCACGGUGGUCCCCAGCUCGCUGUGGGGCGGGCAGGGCCUUCUGGGAGUCAGCAUCCGCUUCUGCAGCUUCGAAGGAGCCAAUGAGAAUGUCUGGCAUGUCCUGGAAGUUGAGCCAAACUCCCCUGCAGCCCUGGCUGGUCUGAGGCCUCAUGCUGACUACAUCAUAGGAGCAGACACCGUCAUGACCGAGAGUGAAGAUCUGUUUUCUCUUGUUGAAACCCAUGAAGGAAAGGAGCUGAAGCUGUACGUCUACAACACCGACACGGACAACUGCCGCGAGGUGGUCAUCACCCCCAACUGCGACUGGGGUGGAGAGGGCAGUCUGGGCUGUGGGAUCGGUUAUGGAUACCUGCACAGGAUUCCCACGCUGCCGUUCACCGAGGGCAAGAAGAUGGGCUUCUCCUCACGGCUCUCCAGUGAGCCGACCCCGUCGCCCACUGACGGCUUCACAGAGGUCCACCUCUCCGCCGUGGUUCCAACCCUUCCCGUUGUCGUAUCGUCGGGAUCGAGCGGUUUAGAGCAGUCGCUGGCCGGUUUGUCGGUCGACACAAACCCGACAGACGUCUUGAGCGACCGACAGACAGAGUCUCCCAGCCAUGUGAGCCCGUCCCCGAGCGCUCCGCUGUCCGCCAGUCCUGCUCCAACACAAGGCUUGAGGCCCAUGCCUGCAGGUCUCCCACUCUUUCCUAACUUACCCAACCUGAAUGUGGCCUUACCAGACGUCAGUCACAUAUUGCCCCCUGGAGUUGGUUUACAGCAUGCAGGUCUUCCACCUCUCCCUCCUCUCAACGCGCCGGGCGUCGUCCCUGGAGUACCUCUGCCUCCACCCGAGUUCGUUUCCCCUCCCGUCACCACAUACACUUCUCCAUCUUCCACCAUCCAAAUGAACAGUUCCCCGACCGACUCCCCCGAGCCCCCGCCAGCCGCCGCCGCCGCCUCUGGAUCAGUGAAGAUCACCAUGUCUGCAGACUUGUCUUAGCAGAGGGCGUCGCUUCAGUAGAACUCCUCCGCUCGGCUGGUACCGAACAGCCUUCUGGUCCUCCACUGGUUUGUCACAAUAAAGCAGCAGUUUGAGAAAAGACGUUACAAUGACAAGAGUUUUGCUGUAAAAAAAAGUGUGUAUGACCUCUUAACUGACCAAAGUUGUAUAAUGUGUGUGAAAAGAAAGUUAUUUUAAACCUGCAAAAGUAUUAUCUCUGUAGUUUUUAUGGGUCAGGUUACUGAGGGUGACGGUAACCCUCUGCUGGGGAUUUUCCUGUUAAAUGCUUGCUGCACCGUUACAGACCGUAUCCAACCGUUCUGGUUUUGUACAAAAAGAAAACAAAAAAAAAAAAAACCCACUUUGAUUAAAC